AUGACAGCGGAGAAUGGAUUGCCCGGGCCGUGGGCAGUGAAGUUCAGCAAAUCGCGCAAGCGCGAGUACUACUACAACCCGGAGACCAAGGAGUCGCAGUGGGAAGUGCCGGCGGACACGGACAGCGAGCAGCUGGCGCGGCAUCUGGCGGAGCACCCGGUGCAGGUGCGGUGUCUGCACCUGCUGAUCAAGCACGCGGGGUCGCGGCGGCCGGCGUCACACCGCAACGAGCACAUCACGCUGGACAAGGCGGCGGCGGUGGCGGAGCUGGAGCAGUACGCGGAGCGGUACCGUCAGGGGGAGCGGUUCGAGGAGCUGGCACGGGAGCGCAGCGACUGCUCGUCGUACAAGCGCGGGGGUGACCUAGGGACGUUCGGGCGCGGGGAGAUGCAGCCAAGCUUCGAGAAGGUGGCGUUUGCGCUGCCCGUGGGCGGCGUGAGCGACGUGGUGGAGUCGGACAGCGGUGUGCAUCUGAUCAAACGGGUGGCGUGA